AGGUUUGAUUUUAUUUUUUUAUGUAUAGUAAUAAACACUUAUAUUCAGACCACGAUUAUAAUGAAUGCUACUCAACAUUGGUUAUUAUGAUUUAUACAUGAAAAAUGUAAACAUCGAAAGAUUUACGAAAAUAAUAUGAUAACAACAUCCUUAUGUGAUGAAAACAGAAUUGAAUAAACAAAUUAUUAUUAAACUCAAUUAAUUACACACCUUUGAGCUGAAAGUACAUAUUUUAGUAAUGUAUAGAAGUAAUUUAAAAUGAAGUGCCACAAGCCCAUAUUUAUUUUAAUUGUUAUAUUAUCAGUGAACCGUACUCAUGGCGUAUCCUUAGAUUUAAUAGACUGCGGUAUAGACCAUGACUUGGAUGUAAGCAUAGGCGAUGUUGACAUCACUCAGUACCCUUGGCUUGGUGUACUGUAUUAUUCAUACUUUGGUGAAACAGGGGAAACUCGUGCGGUAACUACGGUGGCGCUUAUACAGGCGGAGUUUGUAAUAGCGCCCGCCGCUGAUAUCGGACCGAUGCCUAAGACUGACUUUAGGGCAAACGCCCGUGUCCUUCUUGGGGAGGAUUGGACUCGAGUAGGGAGGCGAGUGCGCAGCUACCUAAUGCACCCUGAAUACGAUCAGACAUAUAACACCAUCGCACUAGUGCAACUGAGGACUCCCGUCAGGAAUGUAAAUAUAAAACCUCUUUGUCCACCACCGGAGAUCUUACGCAGCCCUGACCUUUACGUCAUAAAGUUCGCGGAUAAUUACGAUAGACUCCAGAAACGAGUGAUUCCGGUUUCACACAUACCAGGCAAUAUGUGUCGGGAGUUCUAUGUUAAAGCUAAUUUAUACGCAAAAAAGUUGCGUCCGCCGCACGUCGCAUGCGCAGUGUCGUUAGAUAACAAUGACGUCUGUGUGUGGGACGCGGGUGGUAUGCUCGUCUCACGGGACGUUUGGGGACGUUGGCAAAUGUUAGGUGUAGGGGUUCGAGGCCCUGGUUGUGGUGCGCCCUCCCGGUAUCUUGACAUCAUGAGCUACUUCCCCUGGAUCGAAAGCAGUCUUGCUAAGUUCCGAAGAAUCACCAUCUCCAAGAUAUCCAAACACAAAUUUAUACUUAGAAGUGGUAACGCCUUCCACGCAUAUCAACGUUUCGGCGCUUGCGACGAAGAAGAGAAAAUAAAUCUGGUUUACCGUGAAAUGAUCUCACUGCGUACUGACAAUAAUCAGUACCAGUUCCUCACAUAUAAUAUGUCUAUAUAUGACAAUGUGGAGUAUACCUGUCUCACUCUUGAGUUGGUAAACGCGUCAGCGGCAUCUGAGAUGCGAGUCAAACAUUUCUGUCCGAGAUUCUCGUAUGGACCGCCUUGCUAUGCGUACAAGGGUUCGGUCUUCGAAAUAUCCGUAUACCUAAUGUUCUCCGAUACAUGUCGAUUCGAGAUGUUCGCAUGGGGAUUCCAAAAGAACAUGACCUUGCUCGAUAUUCAGCAGUGGAAAUGGGAAGAGGGAUCCUAUUACGAGGACUUUACUAUGCAGCCUGUGGAGUAUAGGGGUCCUUCACACAUGACAACUUUCGGCUUCGAGCCCUUAGAGGUGUCUGUGUGGGUGCCGGCGUAUGAUAUUUGGUCCACCACGCCUUUUUCUAAUGCAUCGACUACAGAAAAGGGCAAGGAAAUAAAUGACGAGGAAGAGGGAGCGGUGUUACCAGAUGAACCGGAAGCAUAUGUGCCAAAAGCUACGACAAUUAAGGUCGAAUACAUCGCUCCAACAACUAUAGAACCCGUUGUGUUAGACCUAAUAGAGCUUUUGCAAACUGGUCACUCCGACCGACAUAAGGUUCAUAAAGCCACUGAGCCGCCGAAGAAAAAACCUUAAAAAAAGAAAGAUAAGAAGAUAUUCAAGGACGAAACGCAAGAAUUUCAAAGUGCUAUUAGAAUCUUAAUAAACACUUGAGUACUAAAAAUAAUGUUUAAAUCGUGAGAAAUCAUAACGAAAAUUUAUUUUUUAUAAAUUGUAAAUUUGAUUGAAACAAAUAAAUGAUCACAAAUU